CAUAGUGCACGCGAGCGACGGCAUCGAGGAAACGGAUCGAGCCAAUAGAAAUGGCGUCUAGUACGUUCACAGUAACGCGUCUGGAUUCGAAUCAAGUUACACUACAAUUGAACGAUCUUUCGGAGUACCCAUCGGACGUAUUGGAGCCGAGUGUUGUGACCAUGACCACGAGGUAUGCGGAGUACGCCCAGCGCAUACGAGAUUUCCAGGUCUACGAGGACGACGUGUGGAUAGUGACAUUCCCAAAAAGUGGCACCACGUGGACGGAGGAGAUGGUUUGGUUGAUCAACCACGAUCUAGACUACCAACGGGCACGGGGCGUGAAGCUUAACGUUCGAUCGACCUUUUUGGAGAUCCACGCCAUCGCCGAUCGUUUCGCGAUCGAUACGAUCGCUAUCGCCGAGAACGCUCCGCGUCCGCGACAAAUUAAAUCUCACCUUCCAGUGUCGCUACUUCCGCGACAACUGUGGACCGUGAAGCCGAAGAUCGUUUACGUGGCGCGCAACCCAAAGGACGUGGCCAUUUCGCUUUACUACCACUCCCGGGUGUUUAUGGGAUAUGAUGGCACGAAAGAGAGCUUCCUAGACAGCCUAUGCACCGACCUUUUCGCCUACUGUCCCCUGGUGCGUCAUGUGCUCAAUUUUUGGGCACUCCGCCACGAACCCAAUGUGCUGUUCCUAACCUACGAGCGCAUGAAACGGAACUUGAAAGCCGUCUUACCAGAGGUUUGCGGUUAUUUUAACAAAACAUUCACCAAAGCAGAGUUGGACAACUUGGCGGAGCACCUAUCGUUCAGCGAAAUGAAAAAAAACCCAGCCACCAACAAGCACGAUGUUGUGCGCGACGCUCUCAAAGCCGAUCACCGUGAAGGUGAACAGUUUGAAUUUCUACGCAAAGGUAUCGUUGGUGAUUUUAAAACCGAACUUCCGGAGGGUUACGACGCCAAAUUGAAUCAGUUCAUUACCGAGCAGUUAGAGGGAAGUGAUUUCCAGUACGAGUACGAAUAG